CCACCCCCCAUUAGAAGAGAACUUCGACGUAAGAGAACUUCGACGUGAGUCUUCUCUUCUUCCCCGCUGAACGGCAGCCAACCCACGCCUGCUUAUCAACUACCGACCGCCACCUAUGUUUACCCUUCAUCUUCUUCAAUCCUCCACUUCUCAUUUUCAACUACCACCCACUACUUCAUAUUUUUCUCAACCCUAUGGCGCCCAACCAUUUCUACGCUUUUCAUUUCCAACUCGAACUCAUUUGCAACUAAACCCAUGUUCUCAUAUUACCAGCGCAAGCAACACCCGGAGAUCAGAAACCAAGAAUUCCCUAACCCGAUUGGAAGAAAGCAACAUCUAUGGCGACAAAGAUGAGGAGGAGGUGGAAGGCUUUGGUGGAUUCAGAGGGUUUGGAGGGAUAGAAGAGGAGGAGGAAGAGGAUGAUGAGGGUUUUGGUGGCUUAAAAGGGAGAGGAGAUGAGAAGGAUUAUGAUAGAGACCCUGAGUUUGCCGAUAUACUUGGCAGCUGUGUCGAUAACCCUCAAAAAGCUAUGUCCAAAAUUGAUGACAGGUUUAGACAGAAAAGGAACAAAAUUUUGCAAACCAAGACUGGUUCUGGAAUACCCAUGAAAGUGAAGUUCAACAAGUUUGAUUUUUCAAACUCGUAUAUAUGGUUUGAAUUCUACAAUUCCCCAUUGGAGAAAGAUGUGUCUUUGAUUUGUAAUACAAUUCGGUCUUGGCAUAUUGUUGGACGUCUUGGUGGAUGUAAUUCAAUGAAUAUGCAAUUGUCACAGUCGCCUAUGGACAAAAGACCAAGUUAUGAUGCAAUUCAAGGGGCAAAUGUAACACCAAGUACAUUUUAUAACAUAGGUGAUCUUGAGAUUCAAGAUAAUUUAGCUCGCAUUUGGGUCGAUAUUGGGACGAGUGAACCACUACUCUUGGAUAUACUAAUCAAUGCAUUGACACAGAUAAGUUCUGACUAUAUAGGAAUUAAGCAAGUAGUAUUUGGUGGAUCUGAAUUUGAGGGGUGGAAAGAGAACUUGAAAUCGGAGGAUUUGGGCUACAAUGUACACAAGAUUUAGCUGCCGGUGCAGAGUGCAGAAUGGCAACGUGCAGAGUGUCUAGCUGCCGGUUAUUAUAAAGUCCAGUUUGUUUCAAGAGAUGCCACUGCAAGCAUUAUGUUCUAGAUGGAGAUAUCUAAGCAUCCUGAUAGUCUACCUGAUUUCAUGAACUAGAACAUUAUGAUCUUCUACAUUUGUAACAUGUACUAUAUUUGAUUAGAGUCAUCAGCUAUUGCGCUAACUCAAAAAGUGUAUAAAGUAGAGAAUAUUUUAGAACACCUGACUGUUAGCUAAGAAUUUGUGUCUGGGGUGUCAUUUCAAUUGCUUCUGUAAUCUUAGGCAUGCAUGUAUUACAGUGCA